AUGGGAGGUCGCAGCGGCAGGAAACUUGGAGGUAACAUCACCAACGUUAAGGAGGAAAAAACUAAGAAGUGUCGAAAGAAACCCGAUCCCAAAGCUGAGGCUAGAGCCGAAGCCAAGUUUAUGAAGAAGGUCCUAGAUGCGAAACAAUUCCUCCGCGGCCCACCACACCAUCCUCACGAGCUAGCUGGUGACGAUCACGAUCCUCUGGACGAACGUGGAGAUCUUGAACAACCCGAUAUCAACGACAUGUUGCUUAAUGAACUCAUGCUUAUGAACGGAGAUGAUCCCGAUCCACCCGAUGAUGAUGGCAAUGAUCCUUGGACUGAUAUAGAAGACUUUGAUCGGGAUGGUGCCAUUCGACGAUUUGUUCAAAAACAUCGAGGAUUUCGUUAUGCAAGAAAACGUGAAACUCUUCGAAAGCAAUGGGAAGCCCUCGAAAACCAGAUCACCGCUGUCUAUCUUGAAAACAAAGUCACUACGUUGAACUGGACCACAGAAACAUCAUACCUUGAUGUUAUUAUAAGCCCGGACUGCCAGUGUGCCGCAGGUUUGUUUCAUAUUCGCAAGAUAGACUUAAUUGACAUUCUCGGUUAUUUAGCCGCUUCACCCACGCAACCUCGCACCGCCUUUUCAAUUCCAUUAUUACAGCAACAUCACGACUUGUGGCUCACCUCGGUUACUGCGAGCAAAGACCAGCCAGACGAGAGCAAAUACCCGCCCUUAUUCAUCAAGCCAAGCAAAAUACGACAACAAGAUGCCAAAUUGGUUGCCGCUCUUGCUUCUGGGAACGUGGCAGUGACUGAAGAUCCUUGUUCUGAAUCCCACAAGACUGCAAAUGACACUCGAAGUUCCUCAACCUGGGACCGAUGCGAUGACACCGGUUUGUUCGCAGCAGCCUGUCGCCACGAUGUUCCAUUAGUCAUGGCAAACAUAUAUCAAAGCGGUGAAAAGCUGUACUACCCGCUUAGCUUAAUGAAGCAUAUCAUGGACGACUUCCCAUUCAGCCGGUUCGGUGUAUUGUAUGACAUCGGAUGUCACCUCGACAAACAUAUCAGAGUGGUAUGUUUCUCAUAUAUAAUAGGAUAG